UUAUUUUAUCAUAGGUGUUCCGUGUCUUUCUUGGCUGCUUGCAGGUUUCACUGGAAACACCAGCCUCAGUGAUGCCAAUCUGAUGUGGUAGAGAAGAGCAAGAGGAGGAGGAACACAAGGAUGAGGUUGGAGAGGUCCUUGCCUCUCCUGGGACUCCUGCUGUGUGCGGUUGGCACCGCAGCUCAGCAGGACGAUACCGAAGCAGAGGAGGAAUUCCUGGUGGAGAUUUCCGGAACUACGGUGACAAUCACGUGUCCCUUGACUGGAAGCAACAUAGUCUGGAGCUCACCUGGGAGAAAAUCAGACGACGCGAGGAAGUACAUUAUAGAGAAUCACGACAGCUCCCCUGUCAACGUGACUUGUUCGUCAGCUGGGAAGACGUAUGAACUGUACCUGAAUGCCAGAGUGUGUGCAAACUGUGAGGAGCUGGAUGCCUUGGCAGUGACGGGGAUCAUCACUGCGGAUCUUCUCAUCACCUUAGGGGUGCUGAUUCUGGUCUAUUACUUCAGCAAAGACAGGAAGGGGAGAGCGAGCGCUAGUGCUGGCAGUCGGCCACGAGGUCAGAAGAUGCAGCGUCCUCCCCCCGUUCCAAACCCGGACUAUGAGCCCAUCAGGAAGGGCCAGCGGGAAGUGUAUGCAGGCCUGGAAUCCAGGGGCUUCUGAAAUUCCCACGGAUGACAGGCUGGAAAACAGC